AUGCAAACUAUUCAGUGUUUCGCUCUUGCGCUUCUCUUUUCCCUUCAAGUCCUAGCUCAGGACGCUGGAGUGACUGUAUGGGCAGUCUUCGGCUUCAAUGUUCACGGUGACAGCACCCCUGCUGUCUCGUCAGAGCCUCAAACCUUGACCCCAUUGGGCGCAAGAAAUCUGUACAAUGUUGGAUCUAAUUUCCGUGAUCGAUAUAUCAUCGGUGGCUCUAUUAGGGCACAGAAUACUUGGGUACGGGACCUCAAUCAGCACAAACUGAAUCUUGAACAAGUGAGAGUAUACUCCACUUCCGAACAAUUCAAUGAAGCCUCCGCUCUUGCAUUCAUGCAAGGAUUUUAUCCACCAACGGGCAACAAGGAUCAAAGCUACACCUACUUGGACGAUACUUACAUUCUAUCAAAUGGCACUAUAGUCGGCUCUCCCUUGAACGAUUAUCAGUACCCACGAAUCUAUGCGAGUAGCUUGGCGGACCCUGGCUCGAUCUUGGUUGCAGGUCAAGCAGACUGCGAUAAGCACCAGGAGCAGGAACAAGAAUACCAAGCGAGCUCCGAGUUUCAACGCAUCGAGUCAGAUAAUUCCCGAUUCUACUCCGACAUGUAUGAUCUCGCCCUCGAGGGCGUGAUGACCGAAGCUUCCGUCGGCUAUGCCCGAGCCAGGGAUGUUUUCGAGUACCUGGAAUAUAACUACAUGCACAACGAAAGUCUGAUGACAGCAUUAUCAUCUCAUGACUUGCAGAGAGCUAGGAUACUGGCGAACCAAUACACGUAUGCCACCAACGGAAACGUGACUGUUUCAGGUAGUGACGAUAGCGACCGAGUUCGUGCUAUUGCCGGACGCACUCUAUCUCGCCUUAUGCUCCAGUCCCUCUCUAUGAACAUAGAGACUCAGGGAUCUGCGUCAAAGAUGACCUUGGUAUUUGGAGGGGUUGAACCGCUCGUCGCUUUCGCUGGCCUCAGCCAGCUUGCAUCGACAAUGAACAGCCAGUUUUAUGGGAUGCCGAUGCUUGGCUCUUCGAUGAUACUAGAACUUUUCAGCAUGAGUCCAACAUCCUCGGAUGUAUACCCAAAGCCAUCAGAUUUAUACGUCCGACUUCUAUUCCGCAAUGGUUCUUCUGUCCAUGAGGGCUUCACUCAGUAUCCCCUUUUUGGCUAUAGCCCAAGUCAGAUCGAUCUCCCUUUUAACGAGUUUGCUGCCUCACUUGGCGAAUUUAUGCUUCCCUCGACGAAAUCAUGGUGUGACGCGUGCAAUAGUUCACCGAUGUUCUGCCUUGGGGCCGCAAACUUUGCUAAGAAGCACAGCAAGACCCACCUGAGUCUGGCCGGUGCUGGGGUUAUAGGUGCAGCUGUAACUCUUGCGGUAGUAUUAGCAGCUAUAGGCAUUGCGUGGCUUUGUGGUAUGGGACUGUAUCGACGACGCACGUCACCAGGUCUCGGUGGGUUCAAGGGGGAUAAAAAGAUGGCUAGUGAUCAGGAUGUCAGCUUCUCACAUCCAUCAAAUGGGACGUUUCAGAGGAUUACGCCUGGCGGGGGCGCAAAAGUCACGAGUCAUGAGCGUACCGGGAGUUGGGAGAUGACAAACGAAGAUCAGUUAGGUGACCAUUUGUCUCAAUUAGAUGACGAGAGAGACGACGAUAUCAGCGGCAUUGUUGAACCAGUCAAAUGCCAUCAGAUUGUGUGA